AUGCAUUUCUUAGCGGAGGAAGUGUACUCUGGAGUUAUCGAGCCUCGAGCCGUGCUGUUGAAGGCCUUAGUCUUGGUUUGUAUUAAGUGUGAUCUCCGAGCUCAAAGAGAGAGGCUUUUCACCGGAUAUAACCACACUGAACUCUAUGGUUUCGAUAUACGGAAGAAGUCAGAUGGUGGGGAAGGCCAACGAGGUUUUGGACUACAUGAAAGAGAUGGGUUUCACACCGAGCAUGGCGACUUACAACAUUGUUGCCUGAGUUGCUUAGCUACAUGA